AUGACCACAGACCUUCCUCCAACGAUGCGCGCCUGGCAAUGGAGCACCUGCACCACCACCCUCGAAUCUGCAAUAACCCUCAACACUGCUGCGUCUCUCCCCUCUCGUCCCCUGACCGCAGGCGAAUGCCUCAUAAAAGUGCACUUCGCAUCGCUGAACCCUGUGGACUACAAGCUCGCCGAGCUACCUCUCGUAGGCCGUCUCGCAAUUCCCAAGCCCGCAACGCCCGGCCUCGAUUUCGCAGGCACCAUCGCUGUUGCUGGUCCCUCAUCCUCACUGAAAGUCGGACAGCGCGUGUUCGGCAAGCUGGAGCCGAAACAGCAAUUUGGAACGCUUGGGGAGUACAUCAUCGGCUCUGCAGCAGGGACCGUGCCGCUGCCCGAUGGAAUUUCGUAUGAGGAGGGCGCAACGCUGGGGGUUUGCGGGCUGGUGACUUAUCAGUGUCUUCUUGCAAAUGUCAAGAAAGGCGACUGUGUGUUCAUCAAUGGGGGGAGUGGGGGCACGGGGACGUUUGCGGUGCAGAUUGCCAAGGCUUUUGGAUGUGAAGUCGUCACGACGUGCUCUGGCGCGAAUGUGCAGCUGUGCAAAGACUUGGGUGCAGACGAGGUGAUUGAUUAUCGCACGCAAAGCGUAACAGCUACGUUGGUGAAGAGUGGGAAGCAGUUUGAUUUUGUGCUUGAUAACGUUGGUGAGCCAGCGGAGCUAUACUGGAAGGCACCAUGUUUUACCAAGUCACGUACAAAAUACGUCCAAAUUGGCUCGCAGGUCAGUUUAGGGUUCAUAUACGACCUGGCGUUCAGGUUUGCUGUACCUGAAUCGCUCGGAGGUGGACAACGGCCCUUCUCCUUUGCCUUUGCAUCGACAAAUUUCAAGGACUACCAAAGUCUUGCUGAUCUUGUAGUGGGGGGCAAAGUUAAGCCCGUAAUGGAUGAUGUGUUCCAGUUCGAAAAAGUGCAAGAGGCGUACAAGAAGUUAAGAACGGGAAGGGCGAAAGGCAAAAUCGUUGUAAGAGUCAUUCGGGGCUGA